AUGGUCGUAUCGAGAGAGAUUAGCUCCGGUCACAUGGUCUAUGUCGCCGACGACGUUAUCAGCAAGACUCGAAGCGAUCUCGUCGACAAUGGAGAACUUGAGGAGACUGUUCUUAACCAGAUUGAAGCGAUUUGGAAAAGGAAGAUGAUACAAGCUGGAGUCAUAAUCGGUACAGUUGAUAAAUCUUCUCCUCCGAUUCCCGCACCUAGGCAUCUUCAGACUCAAGAUCAAAACCCACUUCCUGAGAUUGCUGAUAACGCGAGGUCGAUGAAUCUAUCCAUGGACCCUGUGGAUUCCGUGAAGAGAGAGCGUGACGGUUUCUUUAUUCACCAGCAAGAUGGAGCUAAUGAUGAAGGCCAAGGGAGAUUUCGACUUCUAGAAGAUGCAACAUUGAGAGACAAAAGCAUUGUGUGA